GGGUACAGGCCACACUGGCAAAACAUCGCUCUUCAGAUCUUUCACCAAAACCCCAGUUUCUUCCUCUUCGGAACCGGUAUACGCCAGACUCCAGCAGUAAGAAUUGGUCGACAUUAUCAGUAAGGAUCAGCGUACAAAAUGUCGCAGAAUUCGGGCUACGUUCCGUCCGAGGAUGACCGGGGCUCGCGCGUCGAUGCGGCGGUGAGCGACUACCAGAACAUCCGCAGCUCGGACGCCAUGCCACCCCGGGGCGGGUUCCUGUGGGGGAACUCUAACCCCGCUCUGACUGACGAAGACGAUCGCAAGGACAGCAAGGUCAACGGGGAGACGGCAGAAGUCGGGUACGGGUUCUCGGCUGGACCUGCCAAGUUCGAAAUCGCGGACCCCGAAAGUGCAGUCCCAAUGUCCAUGAACACGGGGCCUUACGCGGGGAUGCCCAAGGAGGUUCUGCUGCAGUACUCUGAGCAGCCGCUGUGGGUCGGGCUUCGCUGGUUCUUCCUGACCAUCUUCAUCGUGGCCGGCCUCGGUCUCAUCGCCUGGACGGUGUUCGUCAUCAUGACGUCACCCAGCUGCCUGCCCUGGUGGCAGGACACAGUCAUCUACCAGAUCUACCCAAGGUCGUUCAAGGACUCGAACGGAGACGGCAUCGGCGACAUCAAAGGUAUCCAGGAGAAACUGGGUUACCUGGAUGACCUGGGAGUGAAGACGGUCUGGCUGAGCCCGAUCUUCCCGUCUCCCAUGAAGGAUUUCGGCUACGACGUGUCGGACUACACAGGCAUCUGGGAGACCUUCGGCACCCUGGAGGACUUCCAGAACCUCCUGGACGAUAUGCACGAACGAGGCAUGAAGCUGAUCCUGGAUUUCGUUCCGAACCACACGAGUGACAAGCACGAGUGGUUCAACAAAAGUCGGAACGGAGAGGGUCCAUAUACGGACUACUACGUCUGGCAGGACUGUAACGCCGACAAUAACGGAGACGGAAUCCCCGACCCUCCUCCAACUAACUGGCGGUCGGUCUUCACAGACUCCAUGUGGCAGCGGGACGACACGAAAGGAAAGUGUUACCUUCAUCAGUUCCUGGUGGAACAGCCGGACCUGAACCUGACGAACGCAGACGUACAACGGGAAUUAACAGACGUGAUCCGCACCUGGCUGUCCAGGGGAGUAGACGGGUUCAGAGUAGACGCCAUCGGACAUGGUCUGGAGGAGGCCAGCUACUCCUCAGAUGCUCCCGACGCUCCUUGUGUGGCACAAGGCAACUGCCCUCCGGACCCGUAUUUCAGCCAACUGCACAACUACACGUUCGAGUACAACCCGGAGGCUCUACAUGCCAUCAUCCAGGAUUGGAGGGACAACGCCCUAGCAGAAUAUAGCAACGAACCGGAGAAAUACAGGUUCAUGGUGACGGAGGUGUAUCUGCCGCCCCAGGGGCUGACCAGGUAUUACGGCAAGGACGGGAAAGUCGAGGCGGACUUCCCGUUCAACUUCCAACUCAUCAGCGGGACGUCCAAGUACGGCAACCUGCCGGGGAGCGAGCUGACCGGAACCAAGACCCACCAGCUGGUCGACUCGUGGCUGAAGGAAGUGCCGGCACGGCGCUGGCCCAACUGGGUGCUCGGUAACCACGACAACCACCGUCUGCCGGACCGGUUUAACCCGGAGUACGCUCGAGCGAUGGUGAUGCUGCUUCUGAUGCUGCCCGGCACGCCCACCACGUACUACGGAGAGGAGAUCGGGAUGUCGGACAUCACACCCGAGGUGGGGAAGACUCAGGACCCCUUCUGUCCGGAUGAUCCCACAGAAGAUCCAACGGACGAGACUGGUACGUUCUUUGCUACCUGCCGGGAUUAUGAACGGGCUCCGAUGCAGUGGAACACUGAAGAUAACGCCGGGUUCAGUACCAACAACCGAACAGGGCCGGAGGGAUGGACAACGUGGCUGCCGGUCAAUGACGACUACCAACAGGGAGUCAACGUUGAGGAACAAUCAUCUGCCACUGAUUCAGCUCUAAGCAUGUACAAGGCACUGGUGGGUAUGCGUGGACUGAACCAUCUGGCGAUCCACAGGGGGUGGUUCUGUUACGUCCUUUACAACACAAACACCUUCGCCUUCGUCAGGGAGCUAGAGGGAGCACCGGGGUACCUCAUCGCCAUGAACUUAGGUGAUCAACCCCUCACUGACGACUACUUCCAGCUCAACAUCGGCCUUCCUCUGGAGGGCACAAUUUCAGUCAGCACCGGGAUGGACCGCAACGGCGACCGGGUCCAGCUCAACAAGCUUCACCUGGCGGUCGGAGAGGGCCUUGUCGUCGAGUACGCAGCCGGGCACAACGUCCACAAGCAUCCGAGCAUGCACGAGGGCCAGCACUGCUACAUCUUCUCGGAGAAGGCCUAUCUCAACUUCAUGGGCAUUCUUAGUACUUUUAGGGUGGAGUAAGGAACUCAACACACUCAAACGUAUAUAGAGUGACCCAGUGUGAUUGGUUGAGGAUGCAACUCACAUUGCUCUACUUCUUAGUAGCGACUCAUACUUACUUAAACUUAAUAGACUCUAGUCUUGGGAAUUAUUCUCAAUGUGGCCUACUUGAUUGUUGAGUCUGGCACGGUUUUUAUGUAUAGACUAAAUACGGAAACUUGAUAAAGAAAUGGAUUUCAAACAUUUUUGUCUCUGAAUUGGUAUGACCUGUAAGACAGAGUUGAAACUGACAAAAGUGGUAAUAUU